ACACCUGAUUGGUGCGGAGGUCCGGCUCACCUGUGUCUUGAUUAGUAGGACGGCCUUUAACAAGGUGCCAGGAUAUUAGCAAAUUUUUUGCGGGCUAUAUUUUUAUAUUACACGCAUUUUCCUAUAUCCCCCAAAAUGUAUCACACGAGCAAACCUGAGCCCGUAAUGUAUGAUUUCUCCCAAAAGUGACACAUUCUCCUGUCCAAGGCUGCUGACGAAGGUGGAGACAGUUGUGUGUGGGGGCUUUUAAUGGAAAAUGGCUGAGCAAAGUAGACAUGUGACGAGCCAAAUAACAACUUCAUGUGACCCAUGGCUAAGGAGCGGCUUGUAGAAGAGGACAAACACCCGCUUGUGUUGUUGUCUUCAGUCAGGCAGGGAGCUCCGCAUUCAGCCCACCUCACUGUUCCGACCCCCACGGUGACGCCACAGUGGUCACGAUGCACACAAUUAAGACUGUGGAGACCCAAGUGCCCUUUCUCAAAGAGAGUUUCUUCACCAGCACCUUCAAAGACAAGCGGAAGAGCAGCGCCACCGGCCUGCUACGCCGACAACAACACUCCGCCUGCGCUCAGCAAGAGCUGCAAGCGGCGUACAUUUCCGGUCUUCCCGAGCAUCUCUACCCUUUGCCCUCUGGGGGUGGACAAGAGCAACCCCGUCCCAAGGAGCAGCGACGCUUUCGUUCUAACAGCAGCCCGUUAUGCAACAGAUCUGAAUGGAGAGGAGCAGAUGGGGAUGGAAAGGAGGGGCAAAGGGAGAGGAAGGAUCAGAGUGCCAGAGAAGCCCUGACUGGGAGGGGGGGUGAGCGAGGAAUGAGCGUCGGUGGCUGCGAGCCCGCGGCUGUCACCGCCAGUCUCCGCCUCCUCUCCUCGUCAUCGGCAGCAGCAUCCUCACAGCUGCCUCCGACUGCGGCGCGUAAGCAGGCGGGAUUUGGCGGAGGAGCCCGUGAGGACCCCCGGCCGCAUGCCCACUCUCGACCCCAUCAACCCGGCCUCUUAGCCAGAGGGGUCCGCCUGCUCCGCAGCAUGGGCAACCAGGAGGCCAAGCAGAAGAAAGGAGGCAAUGGCGGAGGUGGCAAGGAUGGCUUCUGCGAGGCUGCAGAGAAGGAAGUGGAGAAGAAAUCCAAAAGGUCCAACAAGACCAGCAAAGGGGAACAAAAUGAGAAAAGGAAAUCCAAGUCAGAUUCCAAGGUUUCCGUGUUCUCCGGGAUGAAGAUCAGGAAGAGUUCAAAGGUCAAAGGCUUGUCCAAGGAUGACUUGCUGGAGGGUGAAAGGUUGGUCAAUGCAGGUGUCAGGCCCAGAGCACACACCAGCCUGUCUGCCGACGAGAUGGGAAUGCUGUCGGAUUUUGAGGGCGAUCUGAGCCGAUUGACUGCAGGCAGUCAGCAAUCCAUCUUGGAUGAAACGUGCCUCAAGGCCGGCUCAGGAUCGGACCCGGAUAUCUACAGUUUCCACUCGGCUGCGGCCGACAGCGAGGAUCUGCUGUCGGAUAUUCAACAAGCCAUGAGGGUCCAGUGUGAAGACCUGACCUUCCAAGCAGGCAGAACUGAUGAGAAGCUUCUGCCUCAUCAGGUUUUGGGCUACAACGAGGACGUGUGCUCCAGUCAAAACAACGACUGUGAGAAUGAAAGCGAGCUCAUGUCUCGAGGUCCAUCCGUGCCCGGAUCACUGAGUGAAAGUGGAAGUCUGUUCCCAAAGACCAACAGCACCUUCAGCUUCCCAGACACUUUAACCACAACUACCACCUCCUUUGAGAGCGCUGAGGAUGACCUUGAGAGCCUGGGUCCGCAUCCGGGUCAAGAUUGGAGGGCUCAAGGCAAUUUCCCAGGUGUGCUCUCUGUCGAGGUGGAAUCUGUAGGUGCAGGGCCCACAGGGGUUCACAAGAGUGCAAGCAGUAUGGAUUUGUUUUCAGAGCGAGGAGUGGGAGACAAGAAUGUUGGAUAUGAGUUUCUGUCUCUGAGGAAGAAGAAUAGUCUAUCAAUCAACUUGCUCACCUGCGAGAGCCCCACCAGACCCACUUCUGCCAUUUCGCCAUCCACCGUCAAACUCUACCCCCCAGUGCACCCCUCUUAUGUGAAGACCACCACCAGGCAACUCAGCUCACCCAUUGGCUCUCCGCUUACCAGUCCCUGCGUCCUCAGGAGAACAGACUGCGGGGAACCCGACGAGGCCCAGGAAGUCGGGGGGCGCAAGCAGAGAUCCAGUUCCAUUGCGGGGCUCCCUGGCACGUCGGCGGAUUGGUGCGGCGAGUCUAACAGCGGUGAUGGAGCCGUCUUCUCGGAGCAGCAGCAACCAGAGAAGGGAGCUACAGGUGGCAAUUACUGGACGCUGGGAUCCAGGAGGGCACAGUAUGGACACUCCAGGUCUUCCAGGGGGACGACGUCUUACCUUGACAUCUUCUCUGGCCGUACGCUGCAGGACAGGCUGUGUAUUAACCAGGAGGAAGGCGAUUCCGAGGACCAGGCCAAGGAAAUGUGCCAGAGAAUGUUGACUCAAGGACUGCUGCACCCCUUCAGUGACAACGGAGGGGACCGCCAUGGCGACGUAAAGCACGCUUUUAACGGCGAGCAGCUGUACACCUGGGCCACUGUGGGGCUGCCCGUGUCCUCGCACCUAUGGGAGCUGUACGGCGGGAGAACAACCAAAGCACAAAGUUCCAGAUCACCUUUGAAGGUCAAUUCAACAGCACCGUCUCAUCCUCAGCAGAUGGAAUCCAGCAGGUUGAAGUCUGGUCAGUCUUCUGAGGAUGAGGGUGGCCUCGUAUCCCAGCUGGAGAAAACAAUCCUUGACCUUCGUCUGAAGAUAGCCGUGUUGCAGAGCCAGCAGGUUUCCUCAGAGAAAGUUAGCAAGGAUGACACGAGAAGUCAGGAAACAUUUGUCCAGACCUCGCCACUAGGAGAUGGGAUUAAGUUGGAUGUGACCGCUGGCAUUCCCAAAGGUGAGGGCGGUUUUGUCUGCACGUGCCAGCAGAACAAGACAGUCCCACCUCCUCCUCCUCCACCACCACCACCACCACCACCUCCUCCGCCUUUACCUGGGCUUGGCUCCUGUCCCCCUCCUCCACCUCCACCACCUUUACCUGGACUUGGAACUUGUCCCCCGCCUCCGCCUCCACCACCACCACCUGGUUUUGGAGCUCCUCCUCCUCCUCCUCCUCCUCCUCCCCCAGGUACGGGCCCCCCACCACCGCCCCCGCCUCCCGGAGUGGGCCCCCCUCCUCCUCCCCCGCCCCCAGGCCUUGGCCUCCCACUGCCACUACCGCCUGGCCCCAGGUUCUCUACGACGGUCCAGGAAGCUGCCCCUGCCAAGGCUCUGAUCGAGCCCCCCAAGCCAAUGAAGCCCCUCUACUGGACACGCAUUCAGCUGCACACUAAGAAACAGACCGGCUCAUUAGUCUGGGAGAAAAUUCAAGAACCAACAGUGGACUUUCAAGAAUUUGUGGAUCUCUUCUCCAAAAGUGCCGUAAAAGAAAAGAAAAAGCCAAUUUCCGACACAAUCAGCAAAUCCAAAGCCAAACAGGUGGCAAAGGUUCUGAGCAACAAGCGUUCUCAGGCUGUUGGUAUCUUGAUGUCCAGCAUCCAUCUUGACAUGAAGGACAUCCAGAAUGCCGUUCUCAAUGUGGACAGCACAGUUGUGGAUCUGGAGACCCUGCAAGCUCUUUAUGAGAACCGAGCCCAAAACGAUGAGUUGGAGAGCAUCACAAAACAGAUGAAGUCGGCGCAAGGAAAGGAGGACGCAAAGCCGCUGGAUAAGCCGGAGCAGUUUCUGUUGCAGUUAUCUGAGAUCCCCAACUUUUCUGAAAGGGUUUUCUGCAUCCUUUUCCAGUCCACUUUCUCCGAAUGCAUCACCUCAAUUGCCCGUAAAAUGGAAAUCCUCCAAAAAACAUGUAAGUCUCUUCAGAAUGGCAAGUGUGUAUUGCAGGUUCUAGGCCUGGUUUUGGCUUUCGGGAACUUCAUGAACGGAGGUAAUCGAACCCGGGGGCAGGCCGACGGCUUCACCUUGGACAUUCUGCCCAAGCUCAAGGAUGUAAAGAGCAGCGAUAACUCCCAGAGUCUUUUGUCCUACGUUGUUGCUUACUAUCUGAGGCACUUUGAUGAGAACGCUGGAAGAGAGACGUGUGCCUACCCGCUACCUGAGCCACAUGACCUUUUCCAGGCAUCCCAGAUGAAGUUUGAAGACUUUCAAAAAGAUCUACGCAAGCUGCGGAGGGACCUGACAGCAUGCUCCAAAGAGACAGAAAAAGUAUGCAAGCUGUCCUCAGAAGACAACCUGCAACCCUUCAAGGACAAGAUGGAUGCAUUUGUUAUCCAAGCCAAAACUGAGUUGGAAGCACAAGAGAAACAACUGGCAGACACUCAAAACACCUUCUUGGAACUGAGCACAUCCUUCUCAGUCAAACCCAAAGCGGGAGAAAAGGAGGCGUCUCCCAAUACUCUUUUCAGUCUUUGGCAUGAGUUUUCCAUGGAUUUUAAAGAACAGUGGAAGAAGCAGAAUAAGCUGAUGCUAAAGGAGCGGCUAAAAAUGGCCGAGGAUGUUUUCAGACAAGCCAAAGAGAAAGCAUCCUACAACGUCAAACCCAAACACGCAACUGGAAUAAAAGCAAAGCUGGGCCAGAAGAUGUAAAGCAGAGAACGAUAAUCACUGGGGCUACUGCGCAAGUACCAUCAGAUGUGACACAUUAGUCAUUUUUACUCAAGUGUAUAUAUAUAUAUAUAUAUAUAUAUAUAUGUAUUUUAAAAAUGAGUUUGAAACUUGUUUAUCGUGAGUUGGCCCAUUUCAGACAUACAGUAUUGAGAGUGGAAUGCUCAACCCCUUUCUGGCAGCGCUUUUUGAAUUAUUGCUUGCAAAAAAAAACAAACAAACAAAAAAAAAAAAAACCUCAAGUCCUUGGGGAUUAGGGCGUAGCAAAUUCGUAGCAAUACUGUUUCCCUGCGGUGUAUUUAUAAGCCAUAUGUAGAACUUUUUCUUUUCCUUAUGUUACAAUAGGCCACCCAAUUUUACAAGAAAGCACUUUUUAUUUGUGAAGCAGUGCCUUUUUACACAAGAGUAGCUGACAAAGAAGUGCGGUGAUGAUUUGAGGGUCAAAUCAUUUUUUAAUUCAACAUUUCUGUUUCAAGCAAAGGUGGUUAAGACAUGAGUUUACUUUCAUCCCAUGGCAUUCUGGCAGUCGCGCGUUUUGCACCCCGGCCACAUUUGCACGUCACUGAAAAGACCGCAACCGCCCCUUAAAGUGGCCAUGAUCUGAUGUUAUCAAGCUAUUAUCGCUUGUUUUAUAGUUUAAUACCCAUCAGCUCGUUUUGUCAUAUUCACAUAUAUGUGCUGACAGAACGAGAGGAUUACAGGACAU